AUGGCAUCAGGUGCACCAGGUACGUAAAAUAGUCGAAUAAUUGUUAAUUUUAGUACUAACUUGAUUUUCAGGAGGUAAUUUUAGAUCAUGGACUCCAACACCCCCUGAAAGAGGAUCAUUUCCCUUGGAUCAUGAUGGAGAAUGUAAACAACAAAUGAUUGAAUAUUUAAAAUGUUUGAAAUUUACCGAGAAUAAAAAUGCUCCAAAUUGUAGAAUAUUAGCUAAAGGAUAUUUGAAAUGUCGAAUGGACAAUCAAUUAAUGGAUCAAUCCGAUUGGGAAAGUUUAGGAUUGGUAAAUUUACCAGGUGAAAAACAAGUCAAACAUGAUGAUAUCUACAAGAAAAGUAAAGAGAUAAAGGAGAGACAAUUAAAGGAGCAACAGGAGCAACAGAAAUGA